CUUCGUUUCAGCAAACUCUCCCAUUUCUYGAAUCCAAACACAUUUUCCGGCGAGAUGGCGGAAACCCUCCGGCCGGACAUCCAAAUCAAGGUCCACUCCAGACGCGGUCUCGGUGUCAUCCAUCCGGUUGAAGUUGAAUCGUCGCCGACACCUCUGCUCCGGGGGACUACUGCCGGAAAUCAAAGUCAAACCCCUUCUCCUUAUCGAGAGAUUAAGCAUUUUAAGAAAUGGUUGCCAUGGUUGAUUCCUAGUUUUGUUAUAGCGGAUACUGUGUUGUUUAUAAUCACUAUGUAUGUCAACGAUUGCCCCAAAAAUUCGGUUUCUUGCGUCGCUACCUUCUUGAAGAGGUUAUCCUUUCAGCCGUUCAAAGAAAACCCCCUUCUUGGACCUUCUUCUUCGACGCUAGAGAAGAUGGGGGCUUUGGAUGUGGAGAGAGUGGUUGAUGGUCACCAGGGGUGGCGCUUAAUUACUUGCAUUUGGUUGCAUGGUGGACUUCUGCAUUUAUUGGCAAACAUGUUGAGUCUCUUAGUUAUUGGCAUUCGACUCGAGCAAGAAUUUGGGUUCAUACGCAUUGGAUUGCUUUAUGUGAUCUCUGGRUUUGGUGGUAGUUUGUUAUCUGCUCUUUUCCUUCAGUCGAAUAUAUCAGUUGGUGCUUCUGGUGCAGUUUUUGGGUUACUGGGUGCAAUGCUCUCAGAACUCAUAACAAAUUGGACUAUAUAUGCUAAUAAGUUGGCAGCAUUAGUGACCCUUGUGAUCAUUAUUGUCAUCAAUCUGGCUGUGGGGAUUCUGCCACAUGUGGAUAAUUUUGCUCAUCUUGGCGGUUUCUCUUCUGGUUUUCUUCUUGGUUUUGUGUUUUUGAUGCGUCCACAAUUUGGAUGGGUUAGCCAAAGAUACACCACACCUUCUGUUUAUUCUAGGUCUGGAACUAAGCCUAAAUACAAGACAUAUCAGCGAGUCCUGUGGAUUGUUUCACUCAUCGUUGUGGUGGCUGGGUUGAUUGCUGGGCUUGUUUCGCUUCUGCGUGGAGUCGACUUAAAUGAUCAUUGUUCGUGGUGCCAUUACAUGAGUUGUGUACCCACUUCAAGGUGGAGCUGCAACACGGAUCCUGUGACCUGCGUGUCUGAGCAAACGGGGAACCAGUUUACGUUAACGUGCUCCAACAGCAAUAAAAACAGUACGUAUUUGUUGACGGAUCCAAACUCGUCUCAGUUACGAAGUCUUUGUAGUCAACUUUGUCGAUGAGCCGCUACCAUUUCAUUGCACCAUCUAUAUGUAUAAUAUAUGAUUCCUCCAUUUUUUUUUUUGCUGUAAACACACGAUCUAUGCAUUUAUUUAUUGUAACGGUUUGGUUCAAAAUUAUAAA